AUGACAAGACUUCUAGCUGAUGAUGGUGCCCAAGAAAAAUUUAAAUGGAUGUGUUCUUUCGUUUAUGAUAGUUGUGUAGAGAAAAAACUAGUGUCUGUAAAGGAUGUGGAACAACUACUUGAGUUUUUGUGUGACCUUGAAAAUAACGAUGAUGCACACUACAUUGAGUCGGAAUAUGCACACAGCUUCAAAACAUUUCUUUUGGGUGCUGCUGCGGUAUUGUUCACUCGUAAUUUGUCAGAACUAUUCCAUUUAAACAUCAAAAUACCUGGAGGUAUGUUGGUUCGUUGGCUAGUCAGGCUACUGGUCGAAGCAGAAGAGGUUGAUCUGGAAUAUUUAUCAGCAACGCUAAGCUUUUUAUUAUGUUUGGAGCAUUCAUUGGCAAACCAGUUGAAGCCAGUCGAACAGCUACAUGAUUCUGGACGAGAGUUGCUUAAAAGUUGGAAGAAUUCAAUGUCAGAAAACAAGGAAAGCCCCAAGGGAACUAAGUUUCUGAUGCGAUAUCGAGAAUCUUCUCUGGUCUAUGAGUUAUGGAGUGAAAUGACCCAAAACAUGACUCAUAUUCAAGAGUGUCGUGAUCUUUGCACUGUUACUGCACGUAAUGAGCUCGCGAUCUGUUGUGUGCAAAUGUUUUGGAGUUAUAAUGGCUGGCAGCAUGUGCUUAAUAAAUUGAAUGCGGUAUCGUCUAUUUCAAUCAGUGAUGAUGUAAAUCAUAUUCACGCACGAUUGAAAGCUGUCUGCUCACUUUCACGUUUAUUCUUAAUCGCUUCGCUUGAGAUUCCGUACAUACAAUUGACAAACACAGUACCAACAGGUGAUCUACUGCUGUCACCUGCUAAUUGUACAUCCCAGCAACAACUAUUUGUUUCUAUCCCGGAAAAAAUAAUCAUUGAAUGGAUCGAAGUAAUUUCUAAGAUCAUUCAUUCUGGUUGUUUAUGGUUUGCGAAUUGCAUUUUGCAUAGAGAGUUAGAUGUUUUGUCGAGUUCAAAGGAGUUGUUGGACGAAAUUCUAUCUGAUUUGACUUCUCUCUAUCAGCAGCAUCUGGUUCGGUUACUUAACUGUCAGAUGAAUUCAAACAUUUUGGAAAUGAUUAGAUGUCUGAAUUUUGGAAGUGGUGUGACAGUGCUCAACUUGUUCGCAAAUUCUUUGCCUAACAUAAUACCUGCUAACCAAUCGGAUUUAUUAUGUUUAAUUGAAUCGUUAAACAAAUGGGAUCGUCAGCUUAAUUUAGUACCGAUUAAGCCUUUACUGUUGAACUACUUCUCGAAGUUAUUUAAGUUGAGUUUGACACUCUUGGCUUCAGAUGAUUCAGAAUAUUAUGGACAUGGAUCAGACUUUUUUUCCACUUUGAAGCCUGAUGUUCAAUCUUUACUGUCACCGUCAAACAGAUCUAGCUUAGCAAGUCGAACUAUUAUGCAGAAGUUAAAUCAAAAAUUUGACCCCAAUGAGUUUCUUGAUCAGUCAACUCAACCCACAUUAUUAUCACGUUUAUUUAUCCUAUGUGGACUUCAUUUCCAUACUGAUUUAAUGCGUAUUUUAACGGAAAUGUUUAGUGUGAUUCGAGAACAAUCCCGGCGAUUUUCUGGUGAUAGUCACCAACGUUAUUUAGGCCAAGACUCCUCUGCAAACUUAUAUCAAGAUUUACAAAUCGAAGAUUUCAAAUUGUUCCUGGAUUGUACAAAACAGGGUUUACAUUUUCUAAAUAACUUAUUGUCAGCCCGAUCAAAUCUUCUAAAACAUCAUUCAUCAGCUGGUUCGAUGGAAAUUGACCAAAGUUCUUUGAAAGAUAGCUGGGAAUUCAUAUCAAUUAUUGGAUAUUAUUUAUCUAAAAUGACCAGUUAUGCUGAUGAGACGGUCGCAUAUGAAUUGAAAAAUGCAUCUUACAACUCUGAAUGCCAUUUCAGCACACUUGAUGAAGAGUUAUCACGCAUAAUUUAUGCAUUCGCUUCAUCUCAUUAUAUAACUGGGUGUGCAUUAAAGCAUUUAGGCUAUUCACUGAACACUAUGAAUCAUCUUUCAUCAGAUUCUGGAUUUCCAUCCAGUUCGACUGUAACAACAACACCAAUCACUACAGUAGUUAACUGGCCAUUGUGGUCAGGGUCACAUGUCUUCUGUUUACUUUCUGGUCACAUGCUUAGCAUAUUACGUUCUGCUGAGUCGAUGAUUACCUCAGAAGAUUCAAUCAAGUCGUUUUGGUUAUGCUUCUUGACAAGUGUACAGAAGAUGAUUGCGUCAUCGUAUGAAUUGUCGGCGGUUAAAAAUAUUGCAGUCAUUGAACACCAACUGAUCGAUAUCCAUCCCAAUCUGUUACAAUUCGCGUGUUUUCUUGCUGGACAAAGUCCUGGGUUAACUGCUAAAAAGCAAUUACUGAUCUCAUUGACUCAAGUAUUUAGCGAUUUGAAUAGAGCUAUCUGGAAACAACAAGGGCUGCCUCAACAUUCUGAAGCUAAUAGCAUCAAGAUCUUGUUAUCAGAAAAACAAGAACAAAUUACUCAUGCUUCUUAUUUGUGGUUACGUCUGAUUGUAAUCCUGCGGUAUAUGCUGCACUAUUUCUAUGUCCCACCUAAUUACUUAUCACGUCAGUUAAAACCGUGUAUGUUUUUAAAAUCGAGUCAAAAUUAUACACAGAAGAAAUGUUGCGUAAUCUGGGAAUAUUCGAACAUCGCGCAACUGUCAUCAAAACUACACCCAUACUUUUUACCUUUACCAUUGGCGACAACAAUAAAUUCAACGGAUGAUUGCAGACCGCCGUUCUUUUAUGACUUACUAACUGCUGCAACGAAACAAAUCGAUCAAUCGGUCAAUCUGUCUUCUACUAGUAGUGGAUCGUCUACCAAAAAACAUAGUAUGCAUUCAAGUCUUCCAUCACCCGACGGUUUGGCCAUCUCGUCAUUAGCUUCACUCGGCAAUUAUCAUGAGAUAUUCUCCUCUCUGCUUGAUCAUUUGGAUUCCCUUCUUCUUACGGAUUCAUUUCAACGAACGUCAAUAAAUAUAGAUUUUCUACUCACCGAGUGUUGUCAACUACCACUGUGUACUUAUGGAUUAGCAUUGUACUGGCGAUUGCUGGAAAUUCUUCCACCACCAAGAAAAUUUUUAAAAGAUUUACAUCUUCUAACCAAUAUGUUGACAUCACAGAUGGUAACUGACAACCAGAGUGUUCCCAGGAUAUUUUCUUCACCUUCACAUUUUCUUUAUUUCAUUAUCUUGUUGGAUAGGAUUCAGCAGAAUCCUACUCAACCAGAUUAUCAAUUUUCAGGCUUUAGUGAUGAUGACAACCAAGCAACAGAGUUGAAACCUGAUUCACCUGUUGUGUCGUCCACUGCUGCUUCCGCCAAUACAACUUCAGCAUCCAGCAGUCGAUCUUCAACAUACUCUUUAUUGGAUUCCAGAACAAAUCUUUUCAAAGAACUAAAGCGGUUAGUCCAUGCACAAUGUUCGAAUAAACUCCCAUCAUCAAACGAUAGUGAAUCGGAGGAGGCAAAGGCUGCUGCAACUGAAGAAUCAAUCAAUUUAUUGUCGUCUUUAAUACAUCCGACGGCCUUAUUUUCAUUGUUAUUCGAAUGUGGUUCUGUCCAAAUGAGGUCAUACUCGAUGGUUUUGGAUUCUGUUGGGAAAAAUGUCAAAGGAAUUACUGUUGGUCAAUUAUCUUACUUAUGUAGUUUGCUUCAGUUUUUGAAUGUAUUAACAUCACAAUUGUUGGUAUUACAUGAGUCGAAAGGCACAAAGUCAUCAAAUACUUCUUCAAAACCCCCUAUUGAUUCAACAGAAUCUGUGAAACGUGCUGGAAAGCACAGAACACGUCAUGCAGCUGGGAAAGCACGCACCAUUUCAACCACAGAAACCCCUAAGUCAUAUGUUGGAAGUGCUGGGACAACUACGCUGAAAGAAAAAAAGAGUAUCUGUCUGUUGGAUGCGGCGGUUUUAGAUGAAAGCCCACAGGAUACUCUUGUCACCUCGAUUAAUGAGGAAAAUUCUAGCGUUGGCGAUGCAAGUUUAACACCUAAACAAAUAUCCACAAUGCGUUUACACUCAUUAAAUACUGGACAUACUAUGCUAAUGACAACUGUACAACUCAUGUAUAAAUUAUGUCAGUAUGUACGAUCAGAACUCGGUUUCCCUAGUUGGCAUUAUGCGAAUUUGAAUACUCCAGUGACAAUAUUGACAGAAAAUACUGGAUUACUGACACUUUUAUGUCCAAAUCGUUUAUUGGAAAAAAAUUAUUUACCGUCACCGAAUUUAUCUUCAAGUAUUGUAGCACGUAAACGAUUGGCUAAUAGUUUGAAAUUGUCAAAAUUGAUCUACAGUGAACAAUUUGAGCUGCUAAACGAAAUUGCAACCGAAAGCAAUUCUAGCAAAUGUUCAGCAUUGAAUCAGUUCAAUUCAAAUCUUUCGCAAUGUUUCUAUCAAAUACUAGCCUAUCAAUAUGAGUUAGCUCUUCGUCGAUUGACUAUCAAGAAAGAGGGUUCACAUGACAGCAUAAUCAAGUCAUUUGAUAACAACAUACCCUCUGAACCACCAUGUGGUCAGUCUGCCCUGGCUAUCAAUCUAUCUAACUAUCCAACAAAAACAAAAUGUGAAAACGAGACAACAUCAACAACUACUGUCGAAUAUGCUAAACAUUUAGCUAAACGUAUAAAAUUAUUUCAAGCAUGUUGUCUUUUGAAACGAAUGAACGAAUUGUGUACCCUAUUGGUUAAGCAACUUUUCAACUUACAAGGAAAAACUUAUACUUUAAACGACCUAAACAAUUAUCAAUCAUUAAACACUGAAAGCUAUAAUGCUGUACAAAUUAUUUGUGCAAUGCACUAUGAUCCUAUAUUGACUGCUUUAAAUAUUAACUUAAUAUAUGGAGAAGAGAAAAAACUGCCUUCAGUUGCACAGUACUUUGCGUUCAUCUAUUGUACUUAUCGAACAUCAUCGAAGUCAACAACUGAUAGAAGUUCUAAUGGCGGUCAAAUGAAAACGCUUCUAUACUCACGUCAACUAAAAAAGUUAUUGAGUCAUUCAUUAGAAGAUAGACUUGUGCACACAGUAUCUCAUAUGGCUAGAUGUCUGUCGAAUUCAGGCUCAAGUUCUCUUGAAUCUCGUGUUUCUUCAUACGUAUGCCGUGAAGCUAUGGGGUAUAUGGAGGUUGUAUUAGGAAAUCAUCGUAUCCUGAAACAGUUCUUCUCAGAUCCCGGUGACAAUGUUACAGAUGGUAAUAACCCUCCAAAUACUCCUCCCUAUAGCUCAGUUACAGACCUAAUAAUUCGAAAACCUACCUUCAACAAAGCGUAUUUCGUUAACUUUUUCUCAUCAUCUACCUACAAUAUUCCAGGAACAAAUGCUCACACACUGGACGAUAUAAAACACCAUGAUAAAACGCCUUCACUUUUGUAUCAAGCUUCAACAUUACGUUUAUUAUGUGUUCUUCUUAUGCGUGCUAUCAAUGCGUCCGCAAGAAAUCGUUGCAGUUUCGGUGAACUUGUUCAAUUAGCACUUGACUCUUGCAUGUUUAAAUCAUGGAAACCAGGGAAAGAUGGAAACGAGAACACACUGUCUGCUUAUUGGUUGGAUAAUUUCCUUCCAGAUAUUGCGUCAUUGGACCAGACUAGUGAUAAUGAAUUAUGGUUCACAGAUUUGUUGAACAAUCAUAACGGUUUGUUAUCAGAUAAUGAAGAGCUCAUAGAAACUGAAGAGGAUAUGUUGACGAAUCUAUUUGACAGUGGUUUAGAGACUGUUAAUGAUCAGCAUAAUGAUGGAAAUCAUGUUAGUGUUAAUUUUUACCAUGCCGAUGGAAUGUUACUGAGAACGUAUUCAGAAUUGAUUAGUGAGUGGAAGCAUAAAAGAUCCCUGUUUAGGGUUGUUUUCUAUUUUGAACGUUUCACACGGCUUUUAGCAUCGAAUUGGACAGAUGUUGCUAGUUUACGAGAGAAAUAUUGUAAUCAGUUGUUGAGCUCCGCAAUAAAUGUUUGGCGUCCUCGUUUGUCUGUGCCGGGCAGUAUUUCUGUGAGUUCGCAGCCUUCAUCAUCUUCGUCCACUCCUUCUAUAGAACAGUCUACAAUAUCUGGACAAUAUGACUUGACAUUUUUACCCUAUGCAAUUACAUCGCUACAUUGUCUAUCGUUUGGUUUUAGCGCUGGUUUAGUGCAUACGAAAUUAUUUAGCUUUUUCACACAUUGUGCUGAUAUCUGCUAUGAAUUUAUUUUGGAGGAUGAAAAGAAUAAGAAAGACAAGAAAUUAGUUCAUGGCAAUGAGACAGAUCUGUUGAUAUCAAUGAAUUUGCGGCACCAUAAGCAGGCUUCGUUGAUUCAAAGUUUAGAGUCAAUCUACUUUUAUGUGUCUGCACUUAUGGUUGCAUUGAAUCCAUCCAGCAAGAUGAAAUUGUCUGAUAGUGAUUCAUUAACAGCUAUGAUGAAUUCUCCAAGUGUUCGUCUAGAUUAUUGGCCAAAUUUCUUUCAUACACAGCCUGGUCUACUGAAUAUUCUUAUGGAUCAUGGAUUAAAUUAUUCUGGUAACAAUGAUAAUGUGUCUGGUUCAUCGUUGACUGAUAAUUUGCUUUCUAAAACACAAAUAUUCUCUCAUCUAUUGAGUUCGCACUACUCACAUGACUGUAAAUCAACAUUUCGAAAGAAAUGGAAUGAGUUUGCUAUUUGGAAUACAGCAUCUUGUACACGAUUGGUGAACAGUUUAAGCCAGUCAGAUGAAUCUUCAGAACCAAACCCUUUUAAUCAGUUGAUUUUAAAUGUUGACCAUCAGUCUGACACAGAUAAAAGUGAUGACUAUGACGACUGCGUAGAAGAUGAUAUUUACUGUUCAUUUCCUGGGCCGUUAAUAAACGAUUCAACGUGUUCUUUUGUUGCAACUCAGAAAAUGUUCAUUGAUCAACAUUGGUAUCAUUGUUUUACAUGUAGUCUACACGAAUCUCAUGGUGUUUGUUCUGUAUGUGCUAAAGUAUGUCAUGCGGGACAUGAUUUGAGUUAUGCUAAAUAUAGUGGAUUCUUUUGUGAUUGUGGUGCUGGUCAACAUGGUGAUUCAUUUUGUCAGGCGAUAACACCUAGAAUUUUAUUGCCUAAAGAUGCAUUUAUUGACAAUUGUGUACAACAGAAUGAUAAUCUAUUUUUGCAGUACAUAAACAAGAAUGACUUGAAUAAUUAUUUACCAUGGUUAACAGAUGGAUAUCAUUCAUUCAUUUUGCCUUCGGGUUCUUCAACAGAAUUGUAUUACCCACCCAACCGUUCAUCUACUACUUCUGUGGUUGUUGAUGAUCAUCGGUGUCCUAUGAAUUAUUCAAAUGGAUUAUCAAUAAUGGACAAACAAGAAUCUCACCUAAUUUCCUUAGGUUCUAAACCAGUCAAGCGACGUCGUAAAGGAUCUUCAACCUUUACUGAAACACAGAAUGAAAAAACAGUUUCCCGUCAACGUUCGUUUUCGAGUGUCAGUAGUUCCGGAAUUAAUCCUCCUGCCUCGUUGGAUACUGCAUUGAAUACAAAUGCAAAUCAGUCAACAAAUCAAAUGAAUUUACUUCCAGCAUGGCGUGAAUUACCUUCUGUUAGUAAUACUGAUUCAUUUCCUCGCUCACCAUUAAAUCAACAACAAACUUCAUCCGUCAGCAAUCGUUCCAGCAAUCUUAGGCGAGCUGGUGCAGUUCGAAUGCGUAAAAUCUCUUCAGAUACUCAUUUAGUUUCGGGAAUAUUGAAAACUCUACAAGUGAAUGAACAACAACCUAGAUUAUCUGAUAUUCAAAUUCACCAACCGAAUCACCAAGAUAAUUUGCCUACCAAUCAGUACGGUGCAGAAAUGCCUUGCAAUUCAAAUGUUGUUAAACCAAAUUCCCUGUCAUCAUCUCUUCUUGGUGUUGAUCGACAAGAUAGUAAACGAAUACAAAAUUUGAUUUACUUUCUUAAUCUACUUGAUACUCACAAUUGUUAUACAACAACGACGACUACUAAACGAAAACGUAAAUACUCUAAACGCUGUAAUCCUUGUGAUACUGUUCUACCAAAAGUAGAUCCAAAUCGAUUUUAUUGUGCUCAAGUAGUACCUAAUGAAAGGAAGUUAGUUGAAUACAUGCGUAGUCAAAUUAAUUCUGACGAAACUGGUUCAUGUCGUUCGAAACUGAUGAUGAUGUUGUGCACAAGCGAUGUUGUUUCACAAGCAGCAGAAAUUUUAAUGGGAUCCACUGAACCGGGAGCUAAAAGCUUACUCAGUCAUCUCAUGGACUGUUCAACUGGUAAUGGUGUAAAAUUCAGAGAGAAUUCUCGUCUUGAUCAAUUAAAACGAAUGCUGUCAAGUGAGCGAGAUAGUAAUCCAGUUAUUCGAAUGUGUUCAAAUAUUGCGUUGCCAGUUCCAUCUAUGCCAGCACAAAGUAGGUCAUUGUGGCGCACUAUCUUCCUUGCUGGUCAUCAACUAUUUCGUUCUACAUCCCCUAUUUCUGCUUACGACUUGAGUAAAUAUUUGAUACCUCAAUCACCUUCUGGUUAUCCGUUAACGAUUUGUAAUGAUGCGGAUUACAAUGUUGGUUCAAAAACGAUUCAGUCAGUUCCAAAUAUUCGUCAUACACCUACGUCCAGUGAUCAUUUGUCGUCAACUGUGUCUUCAGGGAGACUUGUAAUCCAUUCGCUGACUGACAAUUUAUCUGGUGGGAUUUCAUCUUUUUCCCCCUCUUCACUGUCAACAACACCUAUUAAUGCUAUAGUAUCUUUACCAGCAUUAUCCAUGUCUACUGCAGGUAAUGCUUCACGUGGAACAUCAGCAUCAUCUAACCCUGUUUUACUCAUUCAAGCAUUAGCUAGUAUUCUUGCUAGUCAUGAAGGUUCAAGUAGCGGGGAAAAUUUGUUUAUGUCACCGCUCACUGGUGGAGGUACAUCUGAGUCACCUGAUAUAAAUGCAACUGCAAUAUCUUUUCUACCAUCUAGUACAGCAUUGUCCCUAAGAGAACUGUUUGGAUCCCGCAUAUCGAACGCUGUAUCAUCCUCUGCUACUCCUGUUCUGACCAAACCUAAUUCAUCUGUUCCUGGAACUUCUGUAUCCAGUGGAGUUGUUUCUUGUAUUCUGCGUGUACCAAGCCCAGCACGAUCAACAUGUUCUUAUUUCCUGGUAGUAGCAAGUACCGGGCCCCGUUCAAUUGUUUCCGGCUCAAGUUCAGGGUCAGUUACUACAACACCUGGUACAGCAGAUAACCUAAAGGGUCCACGGUCACCAUUCGGUCAACGGGGCUUAAUGACAAUAUAUAAUUUGGAUAAGUUUUUGAUACAGAUCGCAGAAAAACAAGAUAGAGGUUUAGAAGAAGUUGCCAAAUUAAAAGCUAUCACUGCCUUACUCCAUUCAAGGCGUUUUGAAUCGCAAGUUGAAUCUAACGAUGAAAACAAAGACAGUCAAAAAUCACUUCUACAUCAGCCAGAAAAAUCGACAUCUAUCAAACGGAAUUAG